GGGGCUUUCCAUUUACAUAAAUUGGGUUAACCGCUUAUAUUUUAACAUUUCCAUGACUUGAACACAGAAUCACUUGAGACAUGCAUUCAGAGAUGUGCUGUGUAGUUAUGAAAUGCAGUGUUGUGACAUCAUCACCUUACAGUGUUACACUGUGCUUAGCAGGGUCCUUUGUACUGUAUCAAUUCAAGGUAAGUACCAUGAUCAAGGGCACCGCAGCACGACAAGGGAUUUUAGCUCUAAGCACUACGCCACCUGCUGGCCCUAGAGCUACAAGGCAGUGUGUGCAUGUGUGUGUGUGUUGAGGGGGGGUAGCUCAGCUGAGUUCUCCACUGUGUGUGCGCACACACACACACACACACACACACACACACACACACACACACACACACACACACGCGCGCGCGCAGAUGAGAUACACUAGGGUGGAGUUCGGACCCGCCUCCAACCGGACCGCCUGUAGGACCCUGCGGACGGCUCCUCGGCACGUGCCGCUUUUCUCCGCACUUCACCUGUUCACGCGCACAGUGUCGCUGUUCUCUACCUGGACGGCGCGCACCCGCUCCGCCCCCAAAGCCCCCCAAACCCUACCUCACCCCACCCGGACCGCUCCGGUUCUUCUUCAUCGGUCACGCGCUUUUCCGAAUCUUCCGCUGACAGACAUGGAGAGGUGCGCGCGGCGCGCUCUCCUGCUCGCGUGCGCGGGGCUCGCGUGCGCGGCGGCACCGGCGGAAGCGGCGCUCGGCGAGCUCGUGUUCCGCUGCCCGAGCUGCACGGCGGAGCGGCAGGCCGCGUGCCCGGCGCUCGCGGAGACGUGCGCGGAGAUGGUGCGCGAGCCGGGCUGCGGCUGCUGCCCGGUGUGCGCGAGGCGCGAGGGCGAGCCGUGCGGCGUGUACACGCCCCGCUGCUCGGGCGGGCUGCGCUGCUACCCCACGCCGGGGUCCGAACUGCCCCUGGAGCAGCUGGUCCGAGGGCUCGGGACGUGCGCGCGCAAGGUGGAGCUGGGGGAGCCCGGCGUCGGGAGCGAGGAGCAGCGCGAGACGAGCGCUGAGGUUCUGGACCCAUCGGAGGCGAGUCAGACCGAGGUCCCGCCGCUGCGGAGGCCCACCAAGGACGACCCGAAGAAGAACGCCGUGUGGCAGCACCGGCAGGAGAUCAGGACCAAGAUGAAGUCCAACAAAGCAGACGAUGUGAGACCCCCCCCGGUGAAGCUGACCCAGUGUCAGCAGGAACUGGACCACGUUCUGGAGCGGAUCGCCCGGAUGCCCUUCAGUGAGAGCAGAGGACCUUUGGAGGAGCUGUACGCCCUGCACAUCCCCAACUGUGACAAGAGGGGGCAGUAUAACGUGAAACAGUGCAAGAUGUCGGUCCACGGGCAGAGGGGUGAGUGCUGGUGUGUGAACCCCCACACGGGCCGGCAGAUCGCUACAUCCCCCAUGGUAAGGGGCGACCCCAACUGCGGCCAGCACCUCGGGGGGCCCGACAUGGAGCCGCCGGCACCGCUGCAGAAAUAGCCGGAGCUAUUUGAAAGGGAGAUCCAGUUUGUUUGUGUGUGUGUGUGUGUGUGUGUGUGUGUGUGUGUGUGUGUGAGACGUGUCUGUUAAACAUGUCCAGCCAGAACCGAGCGACGAUGUCCCUGCGACUCCGCCGCAACGGGACAGAAGCAAGGCUCAUUGCUCACGUGCACACCUGGAGGAGGCGGGGUGUCACCUGUUGGGCGGCUCCGCCUCUUCCUGUGCACCACUGGGGCGCCGCGCAGUUUCUGCUGUUGAGGCCAAGCGUCCCUUCAUUUGACCGCCCCGUCCUGCUUUCUGAUUGGCCGACACCCCUGCCGUUUGCCCGCCAGUCCUGAUCAGCGCCUUUUAUUUUUACAGAAAGCGGAGAUCUCCUUUGGCUUCUUUUCAGGUGAAGCUUCCUGCAUGGCGAAGCCUUCGCGUUUCUGCCCCCGCCCCCCUCGCCAGGUGCACUUCGAAGGUCUCGAGCCACACCCGCUUGAGGCCAGGUGCUCCGGAUGCCACGUGGCCUUCGUGCCACGAACCUCUUCCUUGGACGCGGUUCCGCACGAGCGGCGCCCGUAAGGCCUCCCCUCCGGCCGAGAGCACCCGAGAACCUCCAUUCUGUGCCGCAGCCGGCGUAGCGGGACCUGCGGGAUCAGCUCUCGGGUUCGACUCCACGGAAACGAGCAGCAGCGGGUCACUGUGUUGUCGGUCAGUGUAGCGAAGCGUGACUGUCGUUAGCGUUUGUCUCCAGUUCGUCUCUCCAUCGUCCUCUUUGCGUGGACUGGACUCGUUCCCACCGUUGUUCCUAUUAACCUUCCCUGCCCGUAGAGCGCUUCGAGCACUUAGCAGCGGAGCUCCAUCUGACUUUCGGUUCGCCUUGAACGCGCUGGAAAUGCGGGAUGACGGGAAGGACGGUUUACCGCGUCGAAGACGGGCCGAUUGUACAUGUAUUAUCGCACGGAGCUCAAGACCAUAGCAAUGCAAUGUAUCAUUAAAUGAGCAGAACGACCCCUCACGGCGUCCGCCUACUUCUUGGGCUUCUCACCGUUUCCGCGCCUGCGGUGCGAGAACAAUGAGCAAUGAGUGGCAGGAAAAGAGCAAACGGAAAACUGCAUCGGUUUGCCAACAGGCUCUUUGUCUUCGUUCGAUUUUUCUCCAGUUUUCUUCUCUGAUUUGUUUAGCGAUGAGUGGACGACCAGUCGUCUCAUCGCGUGGCCCCCCCCCCCGAUGCCGCAGGGGUUGCGCUCGGUGGCCGACGCGCGGCAGCGGAUUCAACUCCCUUCCGCGGUGUUUACGGCCCGUGACCGCGAUCGAUGACCGGACGAAGGCGUCGGCGGUGUGGACUGGACGGGACUUUGGGGAGACGGAGUCUUUCUUUCGGCCUUUUUAUUUUUCAUUCGAAUGUAGCUUGAAGCUUUACUUAAAUGUUAAAUAGUGAAAGCAUUUAUUUAUUAUAACUCUAUUUAAGGUUCUUACAUAACCUAUUAAUGUGAAUGAAGCGAACGUCCGGUUCCGGGAAAGGUCAGUGGCGUCACCCCCCCCCCCACGGGCAGGCCAUACGGAACCCUUGCUGACGUUUUUUCUACCGUUACUCGUAAAUCGUAAUUCUCCUGUAUCACUGAAUGCAGUGGCAACGGUAGUGACUUAAACAAGUAGCAAAACUGAAAUGAUGCCGUUUCAUGUGGUUCAAGGGGAAAUUCGGUAAGAAAACAGCAGAACUGGAAGUAAAAACUUUUAAGAACGACAUGAAAAUUAUGUUUAUUAUAAUGUGAUUGAUGUAGGUUCACAAAUACUAAAUUGCUACCACAAUAUUGUAGUUAAAACAGCCAAAAAAGUGACUGUAAAAAAGAGUGGUGACGAAAGCAUGUGAUUCGAAGCAUCACUCUAACUGUAUUGUAAUUGUAAUGUAAUUGAAUUGUAAUUGGGUAAUAAUGAGAGCUGUGAGCGGAGCGCAUUAGAAGGUAAAGAAAGCAAACGAGCGCAGAGUUUUACCCUUGUAGGAAUAUUGAUACAUGUAAAGUGGGUUCAUUACGAACAAUGUUUUAGUUCUUAUAACUACUGACGGAUAUUUUUAUACAAAAUAAUACAUUUCUGCUGACACACCGCACACAAAUUUUAUACACUCAUUUUGGUGCCACCCGGUGCGCUCCGCAACCCCCCCAGCGACGCCACCGAAAAAGGUGUUUGUAGGAUAAGGAUCCAGUUUAUAUAUUUACUUUUAUUACCUUGUGUUUACACUUUUCUGUAAAGUAACAUACAGCUGAGAAUAUCGCAGAUGUGUCAAUAACAGAUGAGAGCUUUAGACAUGCGUGCACACACGCACACACACACACACACAGGACUAUGGACAC